AUGAUUUGCAGGAAGGGAAACAAGCUAUCUUCAAAUAUUGCAAGAUGCAGUCCUAGCUUCUGCACAGUUUAUGUAGUUUCCAAAGGUAAGUUGGCAUCCAUUCGUUCAGCGAUAUCAGGAGCAUAUGAGGUGACAAAUGAUGAAAGUAGCUCGUGUCCUGCUUUAUCCUUUUCUCCCGACUCUUCAACAGGACAAUCUGGUAUUACCAUGAAUCCCUUUAUUCAUGAAGUCCAUUCACCGCCUUUUCAGAGUGACCAGUUUAUUUCAAAUAUGAACAAUGGUUUUGACAGUCUGAGUAGCCUUGAUACUAUCCUUAACAGAAGUUCAUCUUUCACCGCUGAAGAUAAUUGGAGUUCCUCUACAACCCUUUCAGAACAGUUUCGUAGUAACGUAAUUGGUGGUUGUAGUAGCUCCUUUACUGCUGAUUCUUUAAUAGUGGAUGGUACUGCAGCUGACUUGACAACCUCUGUGGACCAGGUACUUGAAAUCAACCUAGCGUAG